AUGUUGAACAACGAUGAUUGUGAUUUGGUUUUGGUAUCAUCAUCUUCACCUUCACGGAAAUCAUUAAUUGAUACAUCAAGCAACGAAUACUUCGUUGUAGAAAAUAAUAGAAAUUUAUCAAGUGAUAUUUGGCAAAAGUUUGGUUUUCCUGCCCGAAAACGUGAUCAAAAAUCAGAUAAACAUGAUCAAAAUUCAGAUAAACAUGAUCAAAAUUCGGAUAAACAUGAUCAAAAUUCAGAUAAACAUGAUCAAAAUUCGGAUAAACAUGAUCAAAAUUUAGAUAAACAUGAUCAAAAUUCGGAUAAACAUGAUAUUAUACCAAAUUUUACAUCUUGUUUUAAAUGUUUGCAAAGAUAUAGAUUUACAAAUGCGACAACAAGUAGUAUGCGUGAACAUAAAUGUCCACAAGAAAAUUUAAAAGGACAAAAACAGCUCAAUUAUUUUAUUUCACCAUCGUCAUCACCUUCACGUUCAACAAUUGUAUCAAAAACAAUCAAACAAAAGAAAGAGAAUAUUAAACGAUUAUUUGUUCGUUGGAUUGUAACUGGAAUCAGACCAUUUCAAAUUGUGUCUGAUUCAGGUCGUGAAUUGCAUUUGGAAAAACUUCAAGCACAAGAAUUAUUAUGUAGUGAUCGCACUGUUCGAAAUGAAUUAUUCAAACAAGCAAAUACUGAACGAACAGAAUUACAAGAUUUACUAGUUAAUUGUGCACAAUCAGGCCGUCUUUCUAUCAGUCCAGAUAUUUGGACUGAUAAUUAUCGAAAGAUAGCUUACUUAGGUGCUACAGCUCACAUGGUAGACGACAAUUAUAAAUAUUAUUCAAUUGAUUUAUUUUGUAUUGAGUUUAAGAACAAAAAAACCGGUGAUAAUAUAGUAAAGUUAAUUCGUGAACAACUUUCAAUAUAUACAAUUGACUCAUUUAUGGAUUUGAUAACAUUCGUUACCGAUCGAGGUUCAAAUUUUAUUAAAGGUUUACAUGAAUUUCGAUUAAUGUUUUGUGUUGCACACCGCUUGAAUGGCAUUUUAAAGAAGACAUUUUUUCAAAUUUCGGUGGCAGAAAAAAAGUCACCAAUGAAAACAACAUCAAUUAUUUCAAGUGAUACCACACCAACAAAAAUAACAGCAUAUCUUCCACAACUAUCUCCAGAAAUUGCUUUCAAUGAUGAACAAUAUGAUGAAGAAGAAAAAGCUGCACUUGAGCAGUGGAAUAAAGAAGAAGAGGAUGAUGAUGAUGAUGUAAUUGAUUAUUCUAUAGUAAGUUUAACUAAUAUUCCAUGGAGUGCUCGUGAAAUACUAGAGACAAUACAACAAUGCAAAAUACUUGUACAAUAUAUUAAAAAAAGUAAUUUAAACAGACAGAUACAAUUAUUAGAUGAAUUAGAUCAUGAAAAUGAACAACAACAUUCACCAUUUACAACUAUUCAUCAAUGUUCAACAAUUCGUUGGUUAUCCAUGUGCGACUUACUUGAUAGUAUAAAAAAAUCUUAUGAACCUUUAAAAAGAAUAUUAACUGAAUCUAAACAAUUGCAUCGACUUGAAAAAAUUAAUAUGGGAAUAAUCGAGCAGCUAAUCGAUUUCUUCAGACCUUGGCAGAACGUUGUAAAAGAGGUGCAAACCGGAAACAUGCCAUCGCUACAUGUUGUAUUCCCAUGUAUUAAUUAUCUGCAAGAUGAAUUACGUAAAUUCGAAAGGGGCGAUAAACCUGGCAUGAAAUUUUUUGCCAAACGUUCAUUGUCUUUACUGAAUUCCAUGUUUCAUAUGGAAGAUGAAUAUAUACUUGCAUCGUUCCUUCAUCCAAAAUUCAAAGGAUUGUUAUCAGCAACAGCAGCUCAAAAAGCCGAAUGUUAUCAUGCCUGUCGUGCAUUGUUACCGAAAGAGAGUGUUACAACAACAUUCGAUACUGAAUAUGAACCACCAAAAAAAAAAGUCAAAACAUUUUCUCGAACAAUUGAUGGAUGA